AUGGAAGCAGCAGCAAAAGAGCCCCUGCUGCUGCUGAGGCCUGCAGGAGGGCCAAGCGGGCUGCUGCAGCUGGCGGACGUAAGCGAUGCACUGCUGCCUCUCGAUAACGCAGCAGCAGCAGCUGCAGCAGCAGCUGCUGCUGCUGCAGGAGGAGGAAAAGGAGCAGCAGCAGAAGCAGAAACAGCGACAGCAAGAACGGAAACAGCGGUUGCUGCAGCAGCAACUACAGCAGCGCCAAACGGCUCUUACGUAGGCGCGGAGCAGCAGACUCCUCACCAGCAGCAGCAGCAGCAGCAGCAACAGCAGCAGCAAGCCCUAGGGCUGCUCAGCUGCUGGCGUAUCGCUGCCACCAUUUGCGGCUCUUGGCUGCGUGUGGCGGUGAUGCGAGUUUCACCCCUUUGCGCUGCUGCAGCUGCUGCUGCUGCUUCUGCUGCUGCUGCUGCUGAAUGCUGCUGCAGCAGCAGGCAGCAGGUUUACACAGCCGAGGCCCCCGUAUUCCGCGUGGGGGCCCCCCAGAUCGCCGAGGGGCCCCCCGUGAGCCUUUGUGUCCUUCCGGGGGCCCCCCUCCCUUUAGCAGCAGCAGCAGCGCAGCAGCUGCCGGCGCUGCAGCAAGGAGACAAGCCAUUUUUGCUGCUGCUGGCGGCUGUGAGCAAAGGGGCUUUGCUGUCGUUUGUGCUUUACCCCGAAGUUAGUGACCAGGCCCCAGCAGCCAGCAGCAGCAGCAGCAGCAGCAGCAGCUGCUGCUGCUGCUGCUGCUGCUGCAGCACGGAGCCGCUGCGGUGGGUGCUGCAGCCGCUGGCCCCUGUGACGUCUAUACACCCCACGGGCCGCAUCGAGGAUUUGCUGAUGCCCAGAGCUGCUCAUUCUUUUAGGGCCCUUGCGCCUGAGGCCUCAGCAGCAGACCUUGCACGAGCAGCAGCAGCAGCAGCGGCAGCAGCAGCUGCUGCUGCUGCUGCAGAUGAGGAUGAUGGCGAUGCGACGGAAGACGUGGAAAGCCUUGAAGUCGACCAGGAGCUGCUCGCCGAAGCCGCGCCAGCAGAGGCGCAGCAGCAGCACCGUCCGGUGCACGAGCAGCAAGAGAAGCAGAAGCAGCAGCAGCAGCAGCAGCAGCAAGCUUGUAUCCCGAAGGAAAACUGGGGAGAAGACGGGGACCCUUGGAGCGGCUUGUGCCCCCCAAGUGUGAAGGCCCGUAGACUCAGGAGCCUCCUCAGCCGCCGCCUGCUAACUCUGCUGCCCAGCUGCUGCGGCUCGCUGCUCUUCAUCUUGACGCAGCAAAAUGAAAUUAAUAUUCAACUAGCAGUGGCGCCUUUGGCAGUUUCUGCUGCUGCAGUUGGCCUGCUGAGCCUGGAGCGGCAGCUGCAGCAGCUCCUGCAGGCCUCGCAGCAGCAGCAGCAGCAGCAGCCCGCUGCCCGUGCUGCCGCUGCAGCAGCAGCUACGGCGGCUCCCGCAGCCCCAGCAGCAGCAACAGCAGCAGCAGCAGACGCUGCUGCUGCUGCGCGGUGCUGCGCAGAGGAGCAGCAACUGUGGGCUCUGCGUCUGGCACUUAGGGGGCCGUACCAGCGGCCUCUUGCUGCUGAGCGGAAAGUGCAAGAGAGCAGCAAAACUAAAAGCAGCAGAGGCAGGGCAGCAGCAGCAGCAGCAGUAAAGCUAGAAGACGAAGACGAUCUGUCGCUCCCCUCAGAUUGGGACAGCGACUGCGCAGAGGCACCAGCAGCAACAGCUGCAUCAACACCCACAGCAGCAGCAGCAGCAGCAGCAGCGUCGACAGCAACAGCAGCUACUGCUCUCAAUGGGGGUCCGCGCGGGGAAAAUUCUGUGUCUUCCGCGCCGCUGUCCAGCUUUUUUGCCGCUUCAGAAAGCCAACAGCAGCAAACAGCAGCAGCAGCAGCAGCAGCAGCAGCAGCAGCAGAGACCCCCCGGAGCGCCCUCAGCGCUACAUGCGCUUUGGCUUUUAAAUCCCAAGAAGCAAAAGGAGACAAAAGUGCAGCACAAAUAGACUUUGGGGGUCUCUGGCUCGCCUUAUUAGAAACAGCAGAAGCAGAAAGUCUUCUGCUUUUCAUUGGCAGCCAAAAACCUGCAGCAGGGGGCCCCCUGGGGGCCCCCAGGGGCCCCCCGGGGGCCCCCUUUAGGAGCGGGGCCCCCCAGGCCGGCCAGAACAGCAGCAGCAGCUGCUGCAGCCGCUGGCUUGGGGCUUGCGUGCUUUUGCGGCAGCGAGUUAUUGCUGCAGCAGCACGGCGGGUGUGUCGCCUUUUUGCUGCUGCUGCUGCUGCUGAAGCACUGCAGCAGGAAGCGACGCUGCUGCUGCUGCAGCACCUGCGGGCCCUGGUGGCCUGCCUGCUGCCUCGCAGCCACAGCCCCAACUGCGCGGCAUUCUUGAAGAAGGGCUCCCCCAGCAAGCAGCAGCAGCAGCUGCUGCUGCUGCUGCAGCAGCCAGCUGAGCCUGGCAGCUGCAUCCGCAGCAGCAGCGUGGUAGCUGUAGAGGAAGCAGCCGUGCUGCAGCUGCUGGCGCGGGAGUUCGGGGCUGCUGCUCCGCAGGGAGCAGCAGCAGCAGCAGCAGCAAAGGCGGGGCAGGCCGUGCUGCAGUUGUGUCCCCUUUGUGGGGCCAGCAGCUGCAGCAGCUCCCCACCUUUUUGCUGCUACUCUUGUGCUGCUCAUGGCCACUGCUUUCCUGCAUGCGCCCAGUGCCUGAGGUGUCUGUACACUGGAAGCGAGGGGCCCCGUGGGGCCCCCCUGCCCCUGCAUCCCCCUCCAGCAGCAGCAGCAGCAGCAGCAACUGCAGCAGCAGCAGAUGCUGCUGCUGCUGCAGCCUCAACAACAUCCUCACCAGCAGCCUCACCAGGAGCCUCUCCCUCAGCAGCCUCCUCCUCCUCCUCAGCAGCAGCAGCAGCAGCAGCAGCAGCAGGGGGGGCGCGGCCCCACGGGCUGAGUUUUUUUUGCUGCUUGCUGUGUGGGGCCUUUGCAUGCGGCGGUGAAGCCCCAGAAACGCAUGCAGCCCGCGGCUGCGGCUGGGGGCCCCAAGACGGGGCCCUCGCCAGGGCUGGCCGCUGCUGCCCGCGCUGCAGGGGGGCCGUGCGCCUCGCCAGCCUGGUCUCCUGCUGCACCCUAGCUGGCUAG